AAAAACUAAUCUCUAGCUACUUGCAACUAUUUAUUCAUCAUGAGCUCAUGAGGUUUCACUUUUACUCAAGAAACAAAUGGGGGAAGAGCUUCGUGUAGGGUUUCGGUUCUAUCCGACGGAAGAAGAGCUUCUUACGUUCUACCUAAGAAUCCAGCUCAGUGGAGGAAAUGCCACCAUUCACAGCCUCAUACCAAUCCUUGAUGUGUUUAGCGUUGAGCCUACUCAGCUUCCAAAUCUUGCGGGAGAGAGGUGUCGAGGAGAUGCAGAACAAUGGCUUUUCUUCGUGCCAAGACAAGAGCGGGAAGCUAGAGGAGGAAGACCAAGCAGGACCACUCGUUCAGGAUACUGGAAAGCAACUGGUUCACCAGGCCCCGUGUUCUCGCCUGAUAACCGAGUGAUCGGAGUUAAGAAGACGAUGGUAUUCUAUACAGGAAAAGCACCUACUGGGAGAAAAACAAAGUGGAAGAUGAAUGAGUAUAAAGCUGUUGAUGAAACAGCCAGUGAAUCUACAAACCCAAAGCUGAGGAACGAAUUCAGUAUCUGUCGAAUCUACAUAAAGUCAGGAAGCUCGAGGGCCUUUGACAGACGUCCCACAGAAGCUUAUGGGAUCGAGAGAAAGGUUCCUAGCAAUAGAGUGGAGACAUCAUCUCGUGUUACAAUAUCAACCUCACCAGAAACUUCACAUUCAGGAGGAAACAAUGUUGAUUUGCCGGUGAAUGCUACUACUAUUAAUACACAAAGCAUCUCAGAGAUGGUUGAUGGGCUAUCACUACCUUUUUGGGAAUGGGAACAAAUGAAAUAGUCUUAAGUCUUAACCGUAUUAAAUUACUUCUUAUGUUCAUUUGCUACUAAAAUAUACAAAGCGGAGAUAAGAAAAAAAGUAGAAGAAGUCCUCACAUUUAGGGCAACUUUCAAUUUUUGAGUGGCCAACUAGUAAAGUAUAUAUAAGAAGUUCUAAUAAGAGAAGAAAAAAAACUAGUACUAUAUAUGAGUAGUAGGAUGGUGUGUAGAAAUAACACGCUAAUAAUUACAUUGAUGGCCACUCGACCACGACAUUUUUUUUUAUCUAACCAUUAGGCCAAAGAUUCACUAUGUUUUUAUACUUACGUCUUUAUUUCUUCCUUUUUUUUGGUUCAUUUGUGGGAUUUGUUUCUUUUUUUCUCGUUGGUUUUGAAUAAUGAUGAGUAGAUUGUUAAAAGGUUCUAGUUGAUCAUGGAUGAUAUUUAGAAUACUUUCCAUGUAUUA